AACAGAGUCUAAGAGUGCUCUUUUUAUAUUUCCAAAUUAGAUAUUUUCUCUUGCAGAAACAAUGGUCGCUAUUACAAGCAUCUUAUUGCUAGCCGCAACGGUUGCAACGACUGCAACGGCUUCUGUCCUCCGUCGCGAUACUACGCCAGUGGUCAAUUCCAUAAACACCCAGCUCGUCCCGCAAAUCACCAUUCUUCAAAACGACAUAGACGGGUUUCCAGCUAGUGGCUUUAAUGGCUCAGUCCAACUCGACUCUGACGAAGACACUCUAAUGACUAUUCUGGACACCGCUACCACACUCACUCAAGAGGCAGGCACGUUUUCAAUUGUUGACGUGCUGAAUGUCAUCGGCGCCAUGGAACCUGCUACGACGGGAAUUAUCAACUACAAUCUUGCUCUGGCCACAAAAGUGGCCGAUUUUGAGAGUAUUGGCAGAGCACCGUUCGUUCUCGCUAAUCUCCAAAUCCUAAACAUAAGAUGGACUGAAUUUACCAAUGAGCUGAUAGCCGCAGCGCCUCUUGGUGCGGCAACGGCGUUGUUGGCUAUGCAGACCGCGAUAUCGACUUCCUAUGCUUCUAGCAUUGCUGUCUAUAGUGUCGCUGUUUAGAUGUCACAACCCGACUCAUAUUCGCAGGAUAACUGAGGCCCGAUGAGCCAAUAAGACAAGGAUCGUGAACUGGUUUCUCUAUUCAGACCAUUCAACUGGGUAUAUGAAUUUGCGUUCUUACGCUCAUUUAGAUAACUUGGAUAACCAUUUGUUAACAUAGCAAUCAGAUUGGAUUCAGAUAACUGUCUACUAGCUACGUGAUCAUUGCAUCGCUGUAACCUAUCCAGGUUCAUAUAUAUAUAUGUACAGUGAUUAAGCCUUGAGGCGAACGUGCUUGUAGUGUAGUGUUGUACUCAUAUUCUAACUUCCAGCGGCGCAGCGUCGACAAAUGGGUUUUCAUUCGCCGAAUUUCACUCGGCGAGCCCUGCUAGCGCUGCCUCUGGUUCGAAUUAG